AGGCGUCUCGGGGUCAAACAUGUCGUAAUCGUGUUGACAUUAACUCGAUCGUCAUCUUGGUUAAUGGUAAAACUGGUUUGAUUUUUUUGUGUCCAUUGAUUCAACCCUUUUAUUGAUCCGGUAUAGACAGAAGGCAACGUCCUGAUGUUAUAGUUCUAUGCAAGCUUCUGUGUCCAAGAACAUGGCAGCUCCACCACAAUCAGAAGAGAGGGACCUCGAGAAUGGCUCGAUCAGAUUACCCAGUGACCUCCCCGAUUCGACCCAGCAACCUGCUGAGGUGAGUGCUGUGGAUGCCGAGAUCUGCCGCAAAUUGCACUUUGCAGCUGAGAUCGGUGAUGUGGAAUUGGUGAGGCGGAUUUUCCGGGAUAUCGAUGAGAAGGGUUCCGAUGAUUCGAAGCUCAAGGCAUCAUCUCUGGUGAGUGAAGUGAACGAGCUGGGAGAGUCUGCUCUGUUCUCGGCUGCAAAGAAAGGGAAGGCCGAGGUUGUGAAAGAGCUGCUGAAGCAUUCCAACAGCGAAGAAGUCCGCCGGAGUAGCAAAGACGGGUUCAAUCCCUUGCAUAUCGCUGCCUUUCAGGGACAUGCCGGUGAGAUAAUUUUUAAGGAUGUUUUCUAUCAAUUUGUUUCAUGAAAUGAUUAUUAUUACCAAAGUCAUGCUGCCAUUAGUGCGUCCAUUUCGAGCCACCAAACGUGGUUCAGUUUGGUGUGACGAUGUCACAGUUUGUUAGUUGCCUAUACCAAGUCGUAAUUCGAAAAUUGUGAUUGAUUAUGUUUAGCAGUUGGCGUAAGACCA